GGAGGGAGCUUCGUCAGGAGGCGAUGGCGGUACCGCCGUGACAUCACCCCGCGGCUUAUAUAGUUGGGGAAGGGUCUGGGUCCCCCGUCUGGUGCCUGCAGCCGCCCGUCAGCACGCGUGCGGAGGGCGAGGAGCGGCGGGGCUCUGUCUGUCUCUGUCUCUCUGUCUCUGUCCCUCUCUCUCUCUGUCUCUCCCUAGGAUUUAUGGACUUUACUUUCUAGAGGGCGGCGCGGCAAGGAUGAGAGUGCAGCUGGUGUGCGUGGUGCUGCUGGCCCUGGCCUCCUGCAGCCUCUGCUCGGAUUCAGAAGAGGAAAUGAAAGCAUUAGAAGCAGAUUUAUUGACCAAUAUGUACACAUCAAAGAUUAACAGAGCAAAACUUCCUUAUUGGAAGGUGACCCUGCUAAAUGUCUGCAAUCUUGUCAACAACAUAAACAACCAAAUGGGGGAAACAGUAGAGGUAGAUGAGGAGGAUCUGGUUCCAGGAAGACAGUUCCCUGCUGCUCUGGAUGGCUUCAGCUUGGAAGCAAUGCUGACAGUAUAUCAACUCCAAAAAGUUUGCCACAGCAGAGCUUUUCAGCACUGGGAGUUACUACAGCAAGAUGCUUUUGAUCUGGAGAACUCAAGCCAAGAAAAAGAAAUCAUGAAGAGAAAAAAUCCCUAUAUUCUGAAACGGCAGCUACAUGUGAACAAAGCUAGAAGACCAUACAUACUCAAGAGAAGUUCAUAUUACUGAUGCAGCAGAAGAAAACAAUGUAUAUUUAGUUCAUAGGUAACUGUGCAUUAUGGUUAUCUUAUCUAAAUCUAAAAUCAUACUUGUGUGAAAAUAUACUCUGGAAAAUCAAGAUGAUAACAUAGCUGUGUCUUUUUUGCAAUUGCUGUUUCUUGAUUGUGGAUUUUUCCUACUUGAGAUAAUUGGACUAAUACAAUUAUUUGCAAAUAAAACUAGUUUUUAAGCAUGAUGUAUUGUACAAAACUGAGAUUUCAACAUGCUUUCAAACAAUCUUGUAGUCUUUUCGAGUUUUAUAAAGCACACCAACUUAACACCAAGUAAACUGAUAUUGUCCAUAAAUCCUACUGAGAACCUUACAGCUUCUUAAUGCAACACCUCAAACAUGUAAACGUUCCCAAAAUUCUAGAAUAAUAUAGUAGUAAGAAGUGCCACAGUAUUUUAUGUUUUGACUAGUUUAAUUUAUUAGGAAUAGGUUUAAGGAAGACAAGGAUAAACUAUUAAAUGGCAAUUUCAAAAUGAAUAUUUUAAAUAGCUUGCUUUUAAGUGAAUUUUGAAUUUUUGAUUUCUAAUCUAUGAAUGCUCAGGAAAAACAAAAACCAAGAAAUUUGGUGAAGUGUUUGAAAGAUUAAUUGAAAAUAGAACAUCUUAAAAUUACUAUUAAAAGGCAUUUCCUUUCCCUCCUUCCACAAAUCUGUAUAAAACAGGAAGUUUCAGAGUUGAAAACAGUCUUGGAAGCUAACAGAGAGGGAGGGUCACAGCAUGGGAAAAAAUGUUUCCAAGCCAUGAGGAAUCAACUGUUGCCUGAAAGUUACACAUUUUCCAGUUCCGUGUUUGUGAUGUGUGCACGAGAUUUGGGAUAUCAAUGAUUCUGGGUUCCAGUUUAGAGGAAAAGUCUGAAUGGACUGGGGCCCACAACAACCAUGAAAAGUGAAGGAUAGUCCAAGACCUGUGAAGCCUGGAUGCUCAGACCAGAAGGCAAAAGUGGGACAGACAUUGCUUUUGAAAACUUACCUGUUUCCUGUUUGAUGUAUUUCCUCAAAGCAGUUCUCCUCCAACAAAUAGUCACACCAUCACCCCUCCACAAAAAAAAAAAAAAAAAAAAAAAAAAA